AUUAUGCAUUUAUUUUAUCUGAUUUUGCCUCCUUGUUAUCCUGUUUUUCUCUCUCUACCUUUCUGUUUUUUCAUCUCCUCUCUGAUCUCUUCCUGUUUUCAGGUUAUUUCCGGGUUUCUUUUCCAAAACCCUAAAAUCUCAUUAACGAAUUCUGUUUUCCUUUAAUUUUCGAUCAAUCUUCUCUACUAUAAGUAAAUAGUUACUCAUAUUUUUUUAAUUAAUUAAUACUAAUAAUUCCAUAUUAUUUUCCCACUAUUUGUAUUAUUAUUUCAUUUGUGAUGAUCAUAAUCAUUGUCCAUAAUUUGUAACUUAACCCGGGAAUUUUAGUUUUUAAUAUUUUCGUGGGUUUCAAUCAAAGUUAGAAGAAAGGAAUAAGUUUUGAAAUUUGUUCUUUUUUAUUUUAAUUUUUCAAUUUCUGUCUUGCCGAACCGUUUCCCUCUUGUCAUCGUUGUGUUUUUUCGGUGUUUUUGUUUCGAGGGAAAAAAACGGGAGGAGGGGAAAGAUUUUGGAGGCAAGUUUUGUUUUGGGGUGGUUGUGAUUUAGAUUGUUUCGGCUUUUGGCUUAUUUUUUUUCAAAACAAAAAAUCGUUUUUGUUUUGGUUCUUGAUGGUGGAGGAAGGGUGUGAUGAUUGAAUUUAAGGAUGGAUUUGAAGAAUCACUGGUGACCCUUUUGUUGUUGUGUCUGUGGAUAGCUGUUAUUUUCAUCUCUUUGGUUUUGGGGAUGAGUAGAAAUGAUGACCAGAAACAACAGCACCUUCUUCACGGAGGUGUUGCUGCUGGUAGUGGCGGCAAAACCAACAGCAAGAACAACCGCAAUGGCUUUAUUCCCAGCACCUUUCGUACUUUCUCUGGUUACCUCAAGAUUGUUUCAUCAGGUGCUUCUACCGUCGCUCGGUCAGCUGCUGCCUCCUUUGCAUCGUCGAUUUUGGAUAAGCAUGGGGAUACUGACCGUGAUCGGGUUAUUUGGGCUGGGUUUGACACGUUAGAGGACCAGGGAGAAGUCAUUCGGCAAGUACUUCUUCUAGGCUAUUGGUCCGGCUUCCAGGUUUGGGAUGUUGAUGAUUCAGAUAAUAUCUGUGACCUUGUUUCCAAACACGAUGGUCCUGUUUCUAUUAUGCAAAUGGUACCUAGUCCAACUGUAUCGAAGAGACUGGAGGACAAGUUUGCAGACAAGCGCCCAUUGUUGGCAGUAUGUGUGAAUGAUUUGUUGGUGGGGAGAGGCAAAAUACAAGAGGGGUUGGUUGCCACUUGCGACGUGGGCACUUUAAACCACCAUGACCAAGAGAAUGGAAACUAUCUGCCAUCAACUGUUCAAUUUUAUUCUCUGAGAUCCCAAUCAUAUGUUCAUACACUAAACUUUAGAUCAGUUGUUUAUUCUAUAAGAUGUAGUUCUCGAGUAGUUGCUGUUUCUCUAGUCACUCAGAUACACUGUUUUUCUCCCACAACUUUAUUAAGGGAGUAUAUUUUACAUACUAAUCCUGUAGUCAUGAGUUGUCCUGGUUCUGGAGGCAUUGGAUUUGGACCACUGGCAGUGGGUCCAAGAUGGCUGGCCUAUAGUGGAAGCGCUACUGUAAUAGCUUCUUCUGGGCGUGUCAGCCCACAGCAUUUAACACCUUCUGCAAGCUUUCCUGGCUUUUCUUCAAAUGGGAGCUUGGUUGCACACUAUGCCAAAGAGUCUAGCAAGCAUCUUGCUGCUGGGAUUGUGAACCUUGGAGAUAUGGGGUACAAGAAACUUUCCAGUUACUGCUCAGAACUUCUCCCAGAAAACAGUGGUUCAAUACAAUCUGUGAAUUCAAGCACAAAAGGAAAUGGAAUCAUCCAUGGCCAUUCAACAGAUGUGGAAAGUGUUGGGAUGGUCAUUGUAAGAGAUAUUGUCAGUAAAAAUGUCAUUGCUCAAUUUCGGGCCCACAAGAGCCCCAUUUCAGCUUUAUGCUUUGAUCCUAGCGGCACCAUCUUAGUGACUGCUUCUGUUCAGGGGCAUAACAUUAAUGUUUAUAAGAUAAUGCCUGGAUAUGACAGAGUGUCAGCAUCUGAUGCUGGCUCUUCUUAUGUUCAUCUCUACAGGCUGCAACGUGGCAUAACAAAUGCAGUUAUUCAAGAUAUCAGUUUUGGUGUUGAUAGCAGGUGGAUUAUGAUUAGUUCUUCAAGGGGAACUAGCCAUCUGUUUGCUAUAAAUCCUCAAGGAGGACCUGUAAAUAUUCUAUCAUGUGACAAUAGUUUAACUGAAAAGGAUGGUUUGAGUGUUAUGCCUAAUCAGGCAGUUCAUUGGCCUUGUAGUUCAGCUGUAAAAAUUUGUAAACAGCAGAGCCUCUGUGCUGCUGGUCCUCCUAUCACACUCUCUGUUGUUAGCAGAAUUAGGAAUGGAUCUAAUGGCUGGAGAGGCACUGUAACUGGUGCCGCUGCAGCUGCAGCUGCGACAACUAGGUUGAGUUCCAUUUCUGGGGCUAUUGCUUCUUCUUUCUAUAACGUAGAAGGCAGAAGUACCUUGUGUGUUAAUGGGAACUAUUCCAAGGAAAAGUAUCAUCUGUUGGUCUUUACAUCCACAGGUUCAAUGGUACAAUAUGCUCUGCAGACAAUUAACUGUCAAGAUUCAGAUGUUUCUGGAGUAAUUCCUGCACAUGAGUCUGCCCCUGUGACUGAUGCGAAAGUAGUUAUUGAGCCUAUCAAGAAGUGGAAUAUAAGUUGUAGGCAUAGUUGGAGAGAGGGAGUAGAAAAUAUAGACAUUUAUGGAGAGAAUGGAGUUUCAGACAUCAAUAAAGUAUGCUCUGAGGAAGUAAAGGAUAAUAUCAUCAGCCCUAAAAUGAAGAAUGUAUCCAUGAAAUCGAAUCCACGUUCUGAGAAAGAACAUCAUUUGUAUAUUUCAGAAGCUGAACUGCAAAUGCAUGAAGCAAAGACUCAAUUGUGGGCAAAGACUGAGAUAUAUUUUCAUUCAGUGGCUAAAGAGGCUGGUUUGAUGAUGGAUGAAGAAGCUGCUUCUGGAGGGGAAUUUGAGAUUGAAAAGAUCCCGACUCGUGUGAUAGAAGCUAGGUCGAAAGACUUGGUUCCAAUUUUUGACUUUAUUCAGACUUCAAAAUUUCAACAUACAAGGACUCCUGCUGUGGAUAACAAGUUAAAUGAACAAGUUUUGCAUCAAAAUUCCAAGUUGUUUGAAAAGGGAAGGAUUCCACCCAGUAGUAGAUUUCCUGGUUGUAUGCCUAAUUCUGGUGGAAAUAUUGCUGAAUUGAAAAGUGGCAUUGAAGGAAAUGAGUGGGAUUAUGGUUUGAUUCCAGCAGAAGCAGAGGGUCUUGUAAAUAACAAUAACACCGUUAAACCAGAUACUAGGCCAGAGACUGUAAAUAAUAGAAGGGAGCACAUAAACAUGGAUGUUCAUCACAUGUUUGUAAAUAGCGACAGAAAAGGUCUGAAAUUGGAGAAUCACCAUGACGAAAAAGGAGAGGAAUUUGAUUGAAGGCAUGAAAUAUUCUUUCAUUUCUCACUGGAGGCUUUGUUAACUUUGUUGGUUAUGGUUGAAGAGGUAGAGAAGUUUGAGUUGUAAGGGCUUGACUUCCAUACCAAAAUGUGGAUAUUAUUACAUUGGGAUUCUUCUGUUGACUUUGUAAAUAACAGACAAAUUCAUAUCAUAAAUAAUUUGUUUUGAUGGAUUUAGUUCUUGUAAAUAGUAAACAUGUGUAAAGAAGGUAAGGAUGCAUGAAUAUUCGACUAAGGAUUCAAAAUCA